AUGGCAGACUCACACAAGAAAAGACGCCUCUCGCAAGAGGGUUCUACUCCGGAAAACUCUACCAAAAUGGAUAUCACCACCACCGAGGCCGCAGAUGUGGACCCAUCGAAGCAACCAAAGCGAACUCUCUUCGUUCGAUCGCUGCCCGCCUCGGCCACCACAGAGAAACUCGCUGAAUUCUUCUCUCAAUCCUACGUGAUCAAGCACGCUACUGUUGUUAGCGAUUCUCAGACCAAGCUCUCAAAGGGAUACGGUUUCGUCACAUUUGCCGAUCUCGAGGACGCCCAGAGCGCUUUGGAGGAAUUGAACGGAGCCGACUUUGACGGGAAGAAGAUUCGAGUCGACUAUGCUGAGGCCCGUAAGCGUGAGAUUGAUGAGAAACUCGGUCGCAGUGUCCCCACCGCUGCCUCUCUCAAGUCAAAACAAGAGCGUGAGGGCGAACGAGGCCAGGGUCCGGCGCCGAAAUUGAUCGUGCGUAACUUGCCGUGGAGUAUCAAGGAACCGGAGGACUUGGCUCGUCUUUUCCGUAGCUUUGGAAAGGUCAAGUUUGUCACCCUUCCUAAGCGCGGAGAUAAACUUGCUGGUUUUGGUUUCGUGGUUAUCCGCGGUAAGAAGAACUCGGAGAAGGCUCUUGAGUGUGUUAACGGCAAGGAGGUCGAUGGCCGUACGUUAGCUGUCGAUUGGGCUGUUGAGAAGGAGGUUUGGGAAACUACCAAGCAUGAUGAAGGAAAAGACGAAGAAAAGGAGGAGGAGAAGGAAUCUGGUGAUGUUGAGAUGAAGGAUGAGGAGAAGGCGGAGGCUUCCGCAGAGGCUUCCGAGGAUGAGACCUCUUCUGAUGGAGAGGACGAUGAGGAGGAGGAGGAGGAUCUGGAAGAGUUGGAAGAUAUGGAAAAGGGUGAGGAUGAGGACGAAGAGGAAAAGGAGGACGAUCGCAAUGAUUCUACGAUUUUCCUGCGUAACCUUCCAUUCACAUGCGACGAUGAGUCACUCUACGAACACUUCAAACAGUUCGGACCUUUGCGAUAUGCUCGAAUUGUCGUCGACCACGAAACCGAGCGUCCUCGAGGAACUGGUUUCGUCUGUUUCUGGAAACCAGAAGACGCUGCAACCUGUGUUCGCGAAGCCCCCAGAAACAACAACGUGCCCGCCAAUGCCAAAGACCGCAACAACUCCGCAAUGAAGCAUUCCGUCCUUCAAAACGAAAGCUCCGACCCUACCGGACGAUACACUUUGGAUGGCCGUGUGCUACAAGUUGCCCGUGCUGUGAACAAGCGGGAAGCUACCAGAUUGGAAGAGGAGGGCAUCUCAAGCCGUCUUGUGCGUGAUAAGGAUAAGAGACGUCUGUACCUUCUGUCUGAGGGUACAAUCCCAUCCAACUCUCCUCUGUACAAGAAACUGUCACCAUCUGAGAUCAAGCUCCGUGAAGAGAGCUACAAGCAGCGUGAGGGAGUCAUCAAGAAGAACCCCGCUCUCCACCUCAGUCUUUGUCGACUUUCUGUUCGUAACCUCCCCCGACACAUUACCUCAAAGGACUUGAAGCAACUGGCUCGUGAAGCCGUUGUUGGCUUUGCCACCGAGGUUAAGAAGGAGCUCCGUCAGCCAAUCUCCAAGGAGGAGAAUCUGCGUUCUGCCGAUACCAUGAAGGAGUUGGAGCAACUGCGCAAGACCAAGCAAGUUGGUAUUGUCCGCCAGGCUACGAUUGUCUACGAGACCCGCGAGGGUACCAAGGUUCCCGAGAAGGCUGGUGGUGGUCGCAGCCGUGGUUACGGUUUCAUCGAAUACUAUACUCACCGUCACGCAUUGAUGGGUCUGCGCUGGUUGAACUGCCACGCCGUUGAUGUCCCUGUUAGUGCACAGACUGAUGGUGAUAAGGACAAGAAGAAGCGAUUAAUCGUUGAGUUUGCUAUUGAGAAUGCUCAAGUGAUUAAGCGUCGUCAGGAGCUUCAGGAGAAGAAGGAGAAGGAGAAGGAAGAGAAGGAGAAGAAGAAGGCGGAGAAGGAGCAGGAAGAGGCUGAUAAGCAGGGACAAAAGAGAAAGAAGGAAGAGGAGGAAGAUCCCGCGGAGGAGAACAAGCUUGCUAAGCGUAAUCGCAUUAUUGCUAAGAAGCGUAUGCAACGCAGGUCUCGCAAGUGA